AUGACGAUUCUCUACGCUUCAGAACGCUUCUUGGCUCACGACACCGGCGAUCACCCCGAAUGUGCCGAGCGGCUCGUCGACAUGCCCAGCCAUUUAGAAGACGCGGGAAUCCUGGAUCGCUGCCACCGCAAGCCUUGGGAGCAAGCGUCGCUAGAACGGGUAGCACAGGUGCACGAAACCGACUACCUGGGCCAGUUGUUCGAAUAUGCAUCUGCCGGAGGGGGGCAGAUCGAGAGCGACACAGUGAUGUCGUCGGAAUCGUUCGACGUUGCCUUGCUUGCAGCUGGAGCCGCCUGCGAUGCGGUCCGCUCGGUUUUACACGGCGAACAUCGUCGAGCCGUCUGCCUGAUCCGCCCGCCGGGGCAUCACGCUUUGGCCGCCGGGGCGAUGGGCUUUUGCCUGCUGAACAACAUUUCGGUGGCCGCCCGCAGUGCCAUCGAGCAGUUCGACCUGGAACGGGUGCUCAUCGUCGACUGGGACGUGCACCAUGGGAACGGUACCCAAGACAUCUUCUGGGAAGACCCUCAGGUGGGGUUCUACUCGAUCCAUCGCUGGCCGUUUUACCCCGGAACGGGUAGCGCCAGCGAAACUGGUUCUGGCGAUGGGCUGGGGACCACGCUGAAUAUCCCCGUUGAAUACGGCUGCUCGCGAACCGAAUACAUCGACCAGUUUCGCCUGGGCCUCGAACAGAUGGCCCGUAAGAUGCGGCCGCAGUUGGUGCUGGUCAGUGCGGGGUUCGACGCCCAUCUGCAAGACCCCAUCGGCUCGUUGGGCCUGGAAACCGAGGACUUCGAGGAGUUGACCGCCUCGGUGCUGGAUGUGGCCGACGAAUAUGCGGAAGGUCGCAUCGUGAGUCUGCUCCUUUACUCCCCCAUCGACUUCAUGAAAUCCGAUUCCAAAGAAGCCCUGCUAGCCGACGUCAACGCAUACUGCGAAGAGCUUCGCCCGUCGGAAGAGUUGUGUUACCUCGAACAUCAGCACAACGAUCAGAUUCUGGAACUGGCCAAGAAGCACAACCUGCUAGGCAUUCCGCUGCCGGUGAAAUACGGCGGACGCGGUGUCGAUUCGCUCACGUAUGCUAGAGCCCUGGCCCGCAUUGGCCAAGAAGGCACCGGCGUGAGGACCUUCUUCUCGGGUCACACAUCCAUAGGGCAGUACCCCAUCUAUCGCUAUGGGAACGAAGCCCAGUUGGAUCACUACCUGCCCAAGUCGACGGCCGGCGAAAUCGUGCUCGCCUUCGGGCUGACCGAACCCGAUGCAGGAUCGAACCCGCUGGAAAUGACCAGCACCUACCGCCGCGAUGGCGACCGGUACCUGCUCAAUGGCGUGAAGUACCUCAUCUCCAACGGUGGUGUGGCCGACGUGGUGGUGGCUUUCGCUUAUCCCGAAAACGCGGAAGGUGCCAAGCGCCGCAUCAGCGCGUUCAUCGUCGAGACCGCAGGCGACACGUUGGAGCAGGAAGAUCUGCCCUCGAAGAUGGGCAUGUUCACGGCCAACACCGGCAUGUUCGAAAUGACCAACCAUCCGGUGCCGGUGGAAAAUAUGUUGGGUGAGGAAGGUAAUGGGUUCCGCAUCGCCAUGGGCACAUUGGUCUCGGGUCGCCUGAGCGUGGCGGCCGGGUGCCUGGGCGUGAUCGAAGAUUGCCUGACCGAGGUUCUCAACUACUCGAAAACCCGCGAACAGCACGGCAAGCCCAUCGCUAAGCAUCAGUUGGUGCAGGACCACAUCGCGCACAUCGAAAUUGGCCGUGCCGCCAGCGAAGCGAUGAUCGAGAAGGCGGCCUUGGCCAAAGAUGCCAGCGAUGCCAAUCGCGAGGACCAGGAUUUGGCUGCUGAAGCGGAUUACCUUGUCGCCCAGGCCAAGUACUUUGCCUCGAAUGCCGCCUGGGACGCUGCCGAUCGAGCGGUGCAAAUCUACGGCGGCCGCGGAUGGUCGGAACUCUAUCGCGUAGGCCGGCACCUGCAAGACGUGCGGGUUUGCCGCAUCUACGAAGGCACCGACGAGAUCAUCAAACUCAAGGUGGCCGCCAAGCUACUCGGCAAAGAGUACACGGCGUUUCAUUAG